AAGGCGGCGAUGGCCGAGGCCCUGGAGCCUGAGUUUUACCUCCGGUGGAAACACUGUGAGACGACGGGCGUGAAGACCUUGUGCAAUCUAACGAAACUUCUGAACAAACUCCAGAAAGAGCACAGAGAUCAUGUCUCUCUGUACACCUCCGGACACCUGAACCCCAGCAAGCUCUACAGGCCUCCUGAGACAAUCUUGUGUCACUGGCCCAACGCCAACAGGCCAAGGGAGGGAAAAGUCUCGGGAGCGGGGAAGCCGUCUGACAGGAAGAUUGAAAAGAUGAAGGAUGCUUUGGCUCGAUUUACCCUCAACACAGCUCUGGGCCCAAACGAUGCGGAGAACACGCCACUCUUCAAGUAUCUGAACCCUCUGACACACGGUUCCCACGCUUCAGAGGAGGAUUUGGUUCUAAAGAGGGCUUCGGGAAAGGAGGGCUCUCCCGAGCGGCCAAAGAGGGCAGAGCUGAGACUGCCCGAGACGGAGGUUCUGAAGCACGGAGUGGCGAAGUCCAGCCGUCAGUGCGUGCGCUCUCCCCCGGGCGAGGACCAGCACCAGUACGUCAGCGCGCACUUCGCGGGCGUCACGAAAGCAGACAAGUACAGGAAGUUCUUAAGUUUCCAAAAAGAAGUUCUUGCAAAGCAAGAUCUCCUGAGGAAUGACUUCACUGGGAGCAAGGCAGCCACGUGCCACGAAAGGAAGCUGGACCGGAAACUCCAGAAUAUAUGUGUCUGUGGCCCUCAAGAGUUCAACAGACUGCAGGUCUUUGGAGAAGUCUUUGAAGAUAUUUGCAAUAGUUCUUUGAUAUUUGGUGAUAUCCUGAAAGAAAUUAAGGAUAAAUAUGAAUUCUACAUGGUGUUACUUCUGAAGACCCAGCCCACAGAGCACUAUAAGGCUUUGCUGACUCACCUCGAGGGGCUACAGAGGAGGACCGUGAAGACAGCAGAUGUGAACCAGGCCCGGGAGGAGCUCAGAGCCCUUGUGACAGCCAUCAGAGCGGCCCUGGACCACAAUGACACACUCAGAAGCAAACUGGAGCAGGAACACAGGCUGCUGCAGUCCGAUCAGAGCAGAGCAGAAUCAUCUGAGAAAAACACACCAGGUGAGGAACACCAUACUCUUAUUGAGAAGGUUGAAAAAAGGAGAUGUGAGAUACUUAAUAAAUGGGAUGAAAUUCAAGCUCUUGAAAGAGAAAUGAAAGCAACUUUGGUUCAUACUGGAAUUUCACAUAUCACUGAGAAUAAGAUUAAAAGCUUAGAGGCUGAAACUAUAAAAUUGGAAACAAAAAAUAAAGUUUUAAAGAAGAAAAUACAGAUCAUUGAAAACCACGUGCGGCAGAGCAUGGGGAAGAGCAGGCUGAGCGCAGGGGAGCAGCAGAACCUUUGGGAAUUUAUUAAAGAAUUUGUUAAGUUAAAGGAAACAGAUGGUACCUCUUAUAUGAAGGAAAUGACCUAUGAAAAUUCACAACCGCCAUGUACAUAGUGUGGAUGUUGCAGAGGGAAAAAUGAACGAAGAUACCUUUAAUUUUGCCAGCUGUGAUCUUCAGCACGAUCCCUAUGGUAUAUGUAUCCUACUCAAGAUAAUGAAAUAAAUACAUGGAGGUAUGUGAUUAAUUUUACUAUU